AUGAGGGUGGCAGCUCUUGUGCUGCUGGUGGCCGUGUGGGGCCGUGUCGACGAUGGAUGGGAAGUCGUUCGCACGGCCCCUGAAGAUGGUGCAGCUGGUGCUGGUGCUGCCCCGAACCAGCCGAUGCAGGUGGACGAGGAGGGCCCUCCGGAAGUGCCAGUGCCGGUGCAGGCGGAAGUGAUCCCCGGUGCUGGUGCUGCAGGUCCGGAAGUGCCAGUGCAGGCGGAAGUGAUCCCCGGUACUGGUGCUGCAGGUCCGGAAAUGCCAAUGCCGAUGGAGGCGGAAGUGAUCGACCUGAGCUUCGAGGAAUCUGCGGAGCUCCAUGAGGCGGCGGAGAAAGCGAAGGCAGCCGCUGCCGCUGAGGCGGCUGAGAGGGCCAAGGCUGCCGCUGAGGCGGCUGAGAGGGCCAAGGCUGCCGCUGAGGCGGCUCAGAGGGCGAAGCUCGAAGAAGCUGAGAAAAAGAAGGCAGAAGCUCUAGCAAGGGCUCAACAGAAGACGAAGAUGCACGAGGAGGCUGCCAAAAAAACUCACGAGGCAGCAGAGAGGCUAGCUGAGCUUUGCAUGGCUGAAGAAGAGGCAGCAGCCCGUUUGGAGCAACUGCUGCAGCAGGUGCUCAAAGCUCCACGUGGAGACCGGGUGCACCUGGUUGUCAAAGCUCCACGGCUGCACCUGGCUCGGAGCAGACUCAAGGUUGUCAAAGCUCCCCGUGGGCAACUGGUCCGGAGCAGACUCAAGGUGCUGGAGUUCCCCCGUGGCGGCGAGCUGUUCCUGAAAGUCCACCACCGCCGCAAGGGCCGCCGCCGCAAGGGUGGCAAACUCAACCGCCGCAAGGGCCGCCGCCGCAAGGGUGGCAUACUCAACCGCCGCAAGGGCCGCCGCCGUUCAGCUGGCCUCAAGGACAUGCUUGGGCUCCAGGCUACCCUUGGCAGUUUCCUCAAGCAUGGCCUGGAGUCACGUGGCCUCCUCCGCUAG